AUGUGCGAUUUCCCAAACUUAGAAUGCCGGUAUCUCCUUAUUUUUGAAUCUUCAGUAUGUAUAAAUACCGGCCUUCUUCAUGGCAGUACACUUCAGAAAGUUAUCACAGUUUACAGCCUUUUAGAAACCAAUCUUUGCUGUUUCAACAUGCCUUCCAUGUUCCUUGCCGUGAGAAACAUCAAGCCGGAACACCAGCAAAGGGCAAUACGAGUGAGAGCAGUUCGUGUGUUUGAAGUUCCUGAAAAAAGGGGAGAAGGUCAGGUUAGUAAGAGCAUGGAAGUUGUGUUCCAUGAUGAAGAGGGAGACUACAUUCAUGCGAGUAUCAUCAAGAAAGACAUUGUCAAGUAUAAAGAUAUAAUCAAGGAAGGGAAAAUUUAUGAAAUAAAGAACUUCAUGGCCUCUACAAACUACUACGUGUACAAGAUUACAGAGCAUGGUUUCCUGCUGAAAUUUAACUACAGAACACAAGUCAAGGAAAUACAUUCUACUGGCUUUCCUUGCAAAAUGUUUAGAUUAAAGAGUUUUGUGGCUUUGAAAGAUCCUGAGGAUGUCAAUGACAAGGAGCUGAUUGAUGUUAUUGGAAGGGUAACUGAGAUUUACAAUCCCGUUGACAAGAUUGUGGGGGGAAAGGCUACCAAACUAAUAGACUUCCAACUUGAAGACAAUGUUGAUAACACCAUCAUGUGUACACUGUGGAAUGAACAUGUUUCUUCCCUGAUGCCUUUUUACAAUAGUGAUUCUAAAGAACCACUGAUUGUUGUAAUUCAAUGCUGUAGGGCCAAAGUUGUGGGUGGUGAAGUGAGAAUAACCAGUUCCUAUGAUGCUACGAAGCUGUGGUUUAAUGAGGAUUGGGAAGAGUUUAAAGAGUUUAGGUCAAACAUGAAAGCUCAGGGUACUCCAAUGCGGAGUCUCAGUACUGGCACACUGCAUUCCAACUCUACAGGCAUUAGUGAUUUUCAUAAUGCUUCUGUUAUUGUGACUAACUGCCAUGACAUUAAGAAGGUGAAAGAGGAUGGGGACUAUUAUGUUGCUGCUGAGAUUCUCGGGUUAGAUUUUGAGGAUGGUUGGUACUACUUAUCAUGCCUGAAACUUGGAUGUAAUAAGAAGCUUAAAGAACAGGAAGGGACACUUUUCUGUACUAAGUGUAAGAAGAAUUGUAUGAUGGGUCAAGUUAGGUACAAAGUUGUUGUUAUUGCUCUUGACAAGUUUGGAGAUGCUCCAAUGUUGCUUUGGGAUAGGGAAGUUACAGAGCUUGUGGGUAUUCCUGCCUCUAUUUUGUAUGCAAAAUACAAGGAGCUUGAUGUUGAAGUGCCCCCUGAAUUGGAUGCUAUAGUUGGUAUGAAGAUGCUGUUUAAGAUCAACUUCAAACUUGCCCAAUAG